CGUUUCCUUGAUAUGACGUUUGGAGCCGGAGGUCAUACCAGAGCUCUCCUAGAGAAAGCCAGCGACAUUACGAUAUAUGCACUAGACAGAGACCCCACGGCCUAUAAAAUAGCUCAGCAGCUUUCAGAAUCAUACCCGAAAAAGAUUGAACCUCUACUAGGACAGUUCAGCCAGUCAGAGGCUUUGUUAAUCUCCUCUGGAGUUGAGCCAGGGACUCUAGAUGGAGUCCUCUUGGAUGCUGGCUGUUCUUCUAUGCAAUUUGAUACACCUGAAAGAGGUUUUUCCCUCCAGAAGGAUGGACCUUUGGACAUGAGGAUGGAUAGUGACAGGUACCCUGACAUGCCCACUGCUGCUGAUGUUGUGAAUGCUUUAGAUCAACAGGCGCUUGCGUCCAUCCUGAGAACAUACGGGGAGGAGAGGCACGCCAAGAAAAUUGCUUCAGCCAUCGUUCAGGCACGCAGCAUAUACCCCAUCACCAGAACUCAGCAGCUUGCAAGCAUUGUUGCAGGUGCUUUUCCAGCAUCAGCACUGUAUGCACGAAAAGACUUGCUUCAGAGACCUACGCAUGUGGCUACCAAAACUUUCCAAGGCCUGCGCAUAUUUGUAAAUGAUGAGCUCCAUGAACUCUUUAUAGGGCUGAAGACAGCUGAGAAGUUUCUAAAACCUGGGGGUCGUCUUGUAGCCCUCUCCUUUCAUUCACUAGAAGAUCGUAUUAUCAAACGUUUUCUUCAUGGAAUAGACAUGACAGAAAAGUACAAUCUUAGCUCAAGGCAGAAGAUAAGACAAGCUCUGAAAAAUGGCUCCAAAGAGGAAGAUACACAAGAAUUUUCCUGUGGAAAAUCCAACUCAAAGUGGACUUUUAUACAGAAAAAAGUUCUAACACCCCAGGCCAAGGAUAUUCAAACAAACCCAAGAGGAAGGUCUGCCAAGCUAAGAGCUGCUAUUAAACGCUAAACCGAAAUAUAUGAUUAUAUAAUUGUAAAAUGUCCUCACAUUAUGUUUUCCAAAAGGCUAAUUGGACAGAUAGUAUCAAACUGAAAAAAAUAAAAUUAAGGCUGUUAACAAAA